AUGGCUGGAACCACCAACGACUUCCAGAACGGCGCGCCCUUCUACCUCGACGCGACCCAACAAGACCUCCUUCUCGCUGCGCUUGCCUCGAAUAACCAGAAUCCCAGCGACAUCUUCUCGUCAGGCAUUGACAAUGCCACCAAGGGCUCGUUGAGCAAUUCACAAUUCCCGUAUCCCGCCAAUAGCCUCGACCCCACGUAUUUUACCUCACCGCAGCAGAGCACUCCCGCCAACGGCUUCGACAACCUUGGUAUGGAAGAGAGUCCGUUUGUUGAUUAUAUCGACGGCGACAACAGCUUCGACUUUGAUAAUGCGGACAACGGUGACAUCAUGAUCGGCGCUCUUCCUGGAGACAGUCCAGAUGGAAACGAGAAACGGAAAAGCCCGGAUGAUGAGGAUGAGGAUGAAGAUGAGGGCGGCGGUAAACGCACUCGAGAAGGUGACGAUAAGCAGGCUAAGAAGCCUGGGCGAAAGCCCUUGACAUCAGAGCCCACUACCAAGCGCAAAGCACAGAACCGGGCCGCACAGCGAGCGUUCCGAGAGCGAAAGGAGAAGCACCUCAAAGACCUAGAGACGAAAGUUCAGGAACUCGAAAAGGCUUCCGAUGCCACGAACCACGAGAACGGCCUCCUCCGAGCGCAGGUGCAGCGCCUGCAGAUGGAGCUCCGCGAGUAUCGAAAGCGGCUGUCCCUUAACAGCACUGGACUGAACCGCGCUCCACCUCCUGCGGCAGGCUUCAGUUCACUGCUUAACAAUAAUAGCAGCAACUUUUCAUUCGAUUUCCCGCGGUUCGGUGGACUUCCGGGCGCGCAAUUCCUUGACAAUGGUGUGGCUGCAAAAAAUAAGACGGCGACCAGAUCUCCAAGUGUGUCAGGCCGACAGAACAGCACGGGAGGAGCUAUCAGUCCCGUAAACCAAGCCAACAGCUCCAUCACCGCCUCACCAAGCAAUACGGGCACUAGCCCUACGUUGAAUGGAGCACAACGUUCUGCUAGCUUAAACGGCUUCUUUAGCCCUAACAGCACGGCGACAAACAACGUAAGCCGCGGCAGUACUGAUUCCGCAUCUACAGCACAGUCACGCGUGUUUCAGUUUAACAGCGGUUCCUCGACACAUUCAGAGUCGGCUUCGUCCUCAACAUCGCCAAACGCCCAAGAUUCGUCGUGUAGCACAUCGCCAGAGCCGAGCCAUACUUCGCCUGGCCAGCUGAGGGAUACAAUUGCCGAUGGAUAUAUUUGUACUGGCAACUCAGAAGGUGAGGUUACCUUCUGCGAAAAGCUCAACAUGGCCUGCGGCAACCCUCGUAACCCUGUCCCUCGUGCCAUGUCCAAGUCUGACGACAAACCUCCUGCAGUCAUCAACCUCACAACCUCACCCACCCCCGCCCCCGCACUCAACGGCAUCGAUUACCUUGCGAACCAAAACGGUGGUCAAUUUGACCCGACUCUUUUCGGGGAAUACCGUGAUACUCAGAAUGCCAUUGUUGGCGACGGGGACUUCACCGGUGGCUUCUUCAAUGAUGCCUUCCUCAAUGCUGGCUAUGGAAGUCCCUUCCACUUUGGCGAUACGCCUGCUGUUCAGAAGCCGAACCCUCUCGAGGAGAUUGAGCGCAUUCAGGAUGGAGAGGACGAGGUUGUUCCGGGUGAAGAUAUCAAUUCGAUGCUCAACUGCCACAAAAUCUGGGACAAGCUUUCCAGUCGCCCCGACUUCAAGGACGGCACGAUCGAUAUCGACAAUUUAUGUUCCGAACUCCGCGCUAAAGCUCGUUGCUCCGAGAGCGGUGUGGUCGUUGACCACAAGGAUGUCGAGGCUGCUCUCAAGCGCUUACCACAGGACAAGCUUCCUAUCUAA